AUACUGAAGAGGACGAGAGCAGGCAGACAGUGAAGACCAAUUGGAGUUUGAGGAGAAUAAAGAGGGAUCAUGCUGAGGAGGAAGAGGAGCGUGUCUUUCGGUGGAUUUGGAUGGGUUGACAAGUCUACCAUUAGCGCCCUUCGUGCUCGGAAGCAGGAGCUGCUGACCAUCUCCAAUGUGCCCCUGUCAGACUGUCCUCAUUCUCCCCCCAGAACCGCCCCUCCUGCCAUGAAGUCUACUCAGUUUUUUGACAUGCUGGAUAAGAUGGAGCAGGUUUCUGAGGUGGAGGAAAUGAGGCCACAAAGAGUAAAGGAAGAUUACAUUCCAUAUCCACGGAUAGAGGAGGUGUUACAGCGGGGUGAGCCAUACCCUCAGGUCAUCCUGCCUCAGUUUGGGGGUUACUGGAUUGAAGAUCCUGGUGCCAUUGCGAAUUGGGAGAAUGGCUUUUGUGAUGACGAAGAUGAAGAUGGAAGGAAUUCAGGAGAGUAUGGCUACAAGCUGGAGAGUAACUUCGCCAUCCGGGCAUAUCGCAAGCACUUUUUGGGCAGGGAACAUCUGAACUUCUAUUGCACGGCCAGUAACCAUGGCAACCUCGUACUGUCCCUCAGACAUGAGGAGGUGAAGGAGCAAGAGUACCUGCACAUCAUUCUCAGGGCUCCAUCAAAGACAAUCUAUGACAGGAUCUCUUUGACGGGCUUGACUGAGCUCCCCAGUGUCCCUCAGUUAGCAAAGCUUCUGUGUGAAGACAUUGUUUGUCUAAAGUUUAGUCCUGUACUGUACCCAAAGGGCUCUCAAUUAAUAGUGAAUUAUGAUGAGCAUGAGUUAAACAACACCUUCAAGUUUGGUGUCAUUUACCAAAAGUUUGGGCAGACUUCAGAGGAGGAGUUGUUUGGGAACAGCGAGGAGACGGCGGCCUUCACAGAGUUCCUCCGAGUGCUGGGAGACUGUGUCCAACUGCAAGACUUUAAAGGGUUUCGAGGCGGUUUGGAUGUGUCUCACGGUCAGACGGGGUCUCAGUCGGUCUACACUGUGUUCAAAGGACAGGAACUAAUGUUUCACAUCUCCACCAAACUACCAUAUAUAGAGGGAGACACGCAGCAGCUCCAAAGGAAGCGUCACAUUGGGAAUGACAUUGUGGCUGCAGUUUUUCAGGAGGAGGCCACGCCUUUUGUGCCUGACAUGAUCGCUUCCAAUUUCCUCCACGCUUACAUUCUCGUUCAGGUUGAGAACUCUGGAACUGAUGAAACCACAUACAAGGUGUCUGUCACAGCACGUGAAGAUGUGCCACAGUUUGGCCCGCCGCUUCCCAAUCCACCUAUCUUUAAAAAGGGUCCAGAAUUCAGAGAGUUUCUGCUGACCAAGCUGAUCAAUGCAGAGUUGGCUUGUUACAGGUCAAACCGAUUCGCCAAGCUUGAGGAGAGAACCCGAACAGAACUGCUGGAUAACCUUCAUAAUGAGCUACACAAGCGCACACAGUCAAUGCUGGGACAUCCGCUGAACCCAGAUGAAGAGAGGAUGGAGAACGGCGGACACGGAGGAAUACUGGAGUCUAUUAAGCGGGCGAUGCGUGUGCGCAGUCACUCAAUGGAGACGAUGGUGGGCUCCCACAAACAUGGCCGCUGUUCUCCUGCAGCAGGAGCAGGAGUUCCUACAAGCCUGAGCGGAGUCAGUCUGACGCACAGCAGCUCUGAGGCGGCAAAAAACUCAUCUCCAGUGACGUCGAGUGCUAAGUCUCCUCUGAAAAGUCCGGUGAAGAGACGUUCAGGGCUUUUCCCUCGGCUGUACACCAGUAUGGAUGGACAGCCUGAGCGACACACACGCAGUGUCUUGUGUGAUCAGAGAAGUCUAGACUGUGGUCACCUGUCACAGGAAGUGAAAUCAGAGACAUCAUCCAAUCCGAGCUCUCCAGAGAUCCUGAACAAUGAGAGGCCAUCACUCAAGCUGCAGGAGGUCAGUGGACCACCAGACAUCUCUCGUUCAUCCUCCAGCACCAGCAGCUUCAGCAGUGCAGCAGGAGAACCAGAAACUGUGGAGGAGAAAGAGCCAAGCAGUGUCCAGAUAUCACCCAGUCUCUCGCCAGUGUUUGGCUCUCUGACCACAGAUGGACAGGCUGCAGGAGCACCAGUAAUCAUGUGCCGCAGUCCAACAGAUUUCAGAAAUAAGACCUCGCCAAGAUCCAAUCUGAAGUUCCGCUUUGACAGAUUGAGUCAGUCCGCUGCUGGACAUUAGCAAAGGGAAUGUCAAAGAAGAUCUGAAUUAUUAUGGAAAAGCAGCAGAUCACCACUGAAGAUCAGACACUGUCGGCACCAAGAAGCAGUGAAAUGAAAAAGAGUAACCUGCCAUUCAAAGCUGUGCUUCAAUCUGAACAUCACAGGAGUAAAGCACAUACAGAAGCACACAGAUAUCAGCCCCUUUCACACUUAGUCUAUACUGGUACAUUCAAAAUAUACUCUUGAGAGUUUAUAGAUGAUAUUAAUUCAGUUCUGCCAGUAUUUCAAUAAGAGAUAAGGUAUCAUGCAUGUCAUGUGUGAGAAACAUACCAAUAAUGCUUUGGAGUGACCAAUCACAACUAUGAUUUUUCCUGUUUUAAAAUGUCCUAGAUGAAGGUCUGACUGUAUGAUUGACUUUGCAGAGUUUACCUUAUUUGCAUUGAAUUACAUUAAAAGGGUGAAAUGUCAGUACUGUACUUAGAAAGGUAUGCAUUUACUAGAAAAGUUAUUCUGGUCAUUUAAAAUAUUAUGCCAGUGUUGUUGUGUGAAAGGGGCUUCUGUUUCCUCUAGUUUCUGCAGGUUGUAAUCUGACUCUGCACAUUUAUCAAUUUUGCACAUUUUUAGAGGUCUUUCACUGUAAAAGUUAUAAUAAGAAUUGUAACAUACCAAUUUAAAGAGUUGGUUCAUCCAAAAAUUUACAUUUAAAUUGACUCUUAAGACUCCUUCUAGAAUUGCGAGUACAUUUCAAACAUUUUCCAUUCAUUUUUUCUAAAACUGGAGUGAUAUCUAAAACAAAUGAAUCAUUUAUAGUAAAUUGAAUGUAAAGUAAUUCAAAAAGCUUCAAUUUGAUAGGGAAACGUAUUAACCCAUUAACAGAAUUGACAGUAACAGAGUUGAGAUUAUCACCUUUUUGUGCUUUAACUCAAGUUGCUUACCUCAAACCAGACACCACAUGUGUCUGUCUGCCAUAUUGAUUUUGUUAAAAAAAAUUCUUUUUGCCAACUCCUCCUAGACCGUUUGCCAAAAUAUCACCAAAUUUGACUCAAACCAUUGUCAGACCAUGAUGACCAAGUGUUGUGAAAUUCGAGUCAAUAGGCGAAACGUUUUUUGUUUACGGCACCGACAAAUGUGCUGGUAUAAUGCCACACUGCAUCUGCGUCUCUCUGCAAUGCUUAAAUACAUUGUCACCUAACACUGACCACAACACAUCAAGUUUGUAACUCUGUCACCUAUUGGUCAAAGGUUAUAAACCAAUAAAUCGUUCAUAUGUUAAUUGUUUUCAUGAUUUUUUAAAAUUUUAAGUGAAACAUCAAAUGUAUUCAAAAUCUCAUUGUUUCGCUCGGUCUGAUGCUGCUCACUAACCUUUUGGUUAUGGCCUCUGUUGCUUUUGGCCUCUGGACUGCUUUGCUCAUUCUGCCUCUAGACUGCUUUGCUCAUUCUAGUUUUCAACUGCUUGGCCCCUUAAUUUCUGCUUGCAGUUAUAUUUAUAUGUACUUUUAUCAUAUUUUAAAUGAGAAAUUCACUGACAAAUAAUUAACCUACUAUUUAAUUGUAUGUUUAGGUGUAUCCUAACAUUUUGUACAAAUUAUUCAUUCAUUUUCCUUCGGCUUAGUCCCUUUAUUCAUCAGGGGUGGUCACAGCAGAAUGAACCCCCAACUAAAACAGCAAAAGUUUUACACAGAAAUGCCCUUCCACCUGCAACUCAGUACAGGGAAACAUCCAUACACACUCAUUCACACACAUACACUACGCCCAGUUUAGUUUACGCAAUUCCCCUAUAGCGCAUGUCUUUGGAGAAACCAGAGCACCCCCUAAAUAGUUAUUAUUCAAAACUGUUUCAUUAAAGUUUUAUUUCGGAGACACAAAAUGUACCCGCAAUUCUAGAAUCACACACACACACACAUAUACAUAUAUA